AAUAUCUUCCAGCACCCCUUCAAAUGAAACUGACGCAGGUCCCCGUGAACCAAUUAGACUAAGAGGUGAAACCUGACUCGAAAACGCAGGUUUCUUGUGUUGAGGUAAUUGUGGGGAGGAGGAUCCGUGCUGAAACGAUACUAUCCGCCCACGUGCAUUCAAUAAGUACCGUUGCAGGUGGGGAUUACAGCUCACAGAUCACAUUGAGGCAGCAGCUUGUGCGUUUGUCUUUAACAGUUUGCAAGAGCGGUGACUGAAAAUGGCAUCAAUGGGACUCCAGAUUCUGGGCAUAGCCCUGUGUGUGUUCGGGUGGCUGGGGGCCAUCAUAACCUGCGUCCUUCCCAUGUGGAGAGUGACCGCUUUCAUUGGGAACAACAUCGUGGUGGCGCAGAUCAUUUGGGAAGGUCUUUGGAUGAACUGUAUAGUUCAGAGCACCGGCCAGAUGCAGUGUAAGGUGUACGACUCGCUGCUGGCCCUCUCGCAAGAUCUCCAGGCUUCCAGAGCUCUGACCGUCAUUGCCAUUGUGGUGGGAGUCCUGGGCAUUCUGAUCUCCAUCGUGGGAGGAAAAUGCACCAACUGUAUAGAAAACGAGGUAACAAAGGCCAAAGUCACCAUUGUAUCUGGAAUCGUCUUCAUCCUGGCUGGAGUGCUGACCCUGAUCCCAGUGUCCUGGUCUGCAAACACCAUCAUCAAGGAUUUCUACAACCCGCUGGUGACGGACGCCCAGAGGAGGGAGCUUGGAGCCUCCUUGUACAUCGGUUGGGGAACCUCGGGUCUGCUGAUCCUCGGAGGGGCCCUGCUCUGCUGCUCAUGCCCUCCCAAAGAUGACAACUCAUACUCAGCCAAGUAUUCUGCGGCUAGAUCUACAGCUCCGAGCAAGAACUACGUAUAGACGGAACGGGUGAAGUUGUCUGGUCAACAUUACUUUGAAGAAGUGACUUUUUUUUUUAAAAAAAGGUUUUUCAAGCGUGUUUUAUUUGGACUGAGCUCUUUCGAGCACACACUGCUACCUAACUAUCGUGCGGGUUCAACGUCAUCCAUAAGGAAUGCUAACGAAUUUAAAGUAGUCUGGCGUAAAGUUAUAAAGACAUUGAUAUUUAGAUCUUUUUAAAAUUGUGGGGGGUGGGGGGGUAGUCUGUGGGAGCUAGUUUUGCAGUGGAUUAGAUUUCGUUUGAGAAGGACAUAAAUCUCUUCAGUUAGAAAUGGUGUGAAUGACUUGCGAAUUUAACUCGAGAAUCGUAUAGUAAUGUGCAGCGAUAGAAUUCUGCCGCUAUUUUGUUAACAACCCAUUAAUCUUCAUUUAAUCUAAAGUUGAAUUUUUUUUUACAUAGCUUCACUUUUGUAAAAGCUCGCAAUAAUGUAAUAUUUGCAUUGUAAUACUUACAGCACAUUCGCUAUUUAAUACGUUUUUAUUGAAAUAAAAACAUCUGUUUAAAUGUCG